AGGAAUUUUGAUCAUGUUCUGCGUUGGAUUAAAUAUAUAUCUCUUAUUGAAUCAAUUCAAAACCAGUUUCGGUAUAUUUGAAAUACUAUAAACCUGGAGAACUUUUAUAACAACAAAGAAUGUCUUGCGGCAGCAUUAUUAAAAAAUUACAACCAAAGCAUGUUACUCAUAGACAUGGGCAAAUGUGUCCGGCACAUGGUUUGUCGAAGCCAGCCGAGCGCAGAACCAGCAUCAAAGAAAAAUCUAAAAGCCAAAUCGAAUCCAAAAGCCAAGACACUGUUCCCACGAGCGCCACACCAACUGAAAAAUCAGAAAACACCGCCUGUCAAAGACCUAAUGGUAUACCUUUGCUAAGAGAAUCCAGUAGUCUUUUACCUCCGAGUCAACCUGUAGUCCUGCGAUCGGGGAAGAAAGAAGACAUAUCAAAAGAAACUAUGUUGAUUCUAAACAGAUCAGGUUUACGUCAGGAUAAUACGAGCCGAAAACCCCUAAGUAGAAUUGGUGUGAGAAAGACACGAUUAGCAAAUUUAACUUCGGAACAAAGCAUGUCUUCAAAGAAACCCGGGGAAUCAGAAAGUGAAAGUGGUUCUGAUCACGUGAAAGAAUUAACAUCGGAGAGCGAUGUUCUUGGUUUGGAUAUUUUUGAUGAUGCAUUGUGGGAUACUGACUUAAACUCUGAAAUUAAACCACCAUAUGACCAUUCAGGACGUUCGGCCUAUAUUACUCGCUGUAAGAGACUUGGUGCGACACCCAUUAGCUACUUCUUGCGUCACAUGGAAGAUAACAAACUGGAUUUACGUUACCAUGGAUUAGGUGGCAAAGGAACGAGUGCUGUCACUCCAACACUUGCAACGAGUUGCCACGUACAGAAACUUGACUUGACAGAUAACAAUCUUAAUCGAUCAGGUGGCUUGGCUCUUUGUGAAAUGAUUAAAGAAAACUGCUUCAUAUCAGAAUUGGUACUAUCUUCAAAUAAACUAACUACAUGUGUGCCGGAUUUAUGCAAUGCUGUGAUCCGAAACGACACACUAACACAUCUAAAUUUAUCAAGUAACGAUUUAAAUGAUUCUUCAGCGUCUUCUCUGGCUUUAUUGAUAUCAAAUGCCAGAAAGUUAGAAUAUUUGGACAUUAGCCACAACAAUUUGGAAAACAAAUCUGGAAAAAUAAUUGGACCGGCACUUCCUGAGAGCAGUUCUCUCAAACAUCUCAAUAUGAGUUGGAAUAAUAUUAGAUCAAAUGGCUUGGAAGCAAUAGGAACUGGUUUAAAAAAUAAUGAUACUCUGACAUACUUUGACGUCUCUUGGAAUGGUAUUGACAAAAAUGCGGCUAAAACAAUCGGUGAAGCACUGAAAUCUAAUUCCACAUUAGAACAUUUAGACAUCAGCAAUUGUCGAAUUAACGCUGAAUCUUCCGUGUUGAUCGCAUUCGGAAUAGGUAGCAAUAGCAGUCUUAAAGUUCUAAAGAUGAUCCGAAACCCAAUGGAAGGUUCCGGUUGUUAUGCUAUUUGUGCAGCUGUGUUACGCAACCAGAACUCAGUCAUUGAACAUUUGAAUUUUCAGCAUACACACGUCGACAAAGAUUUUGAAGAUCUUUUGAACAAAGUCAAAGAAAAACUCCCGGAUAUUAAAGUCAUUUAUGGGUGUCAAGAGGCUCCCAAGAAACCAAAGGCUGUUAUCCAUCCUAUGGCUAGAUUAGUGCGUUAUCUGGAUGACAAUAACAUUCGACUGGCUGACUGUUUUGGUACUUUUGAUGAAGAUGGAAGUAUGACAGUAACGCAUGAAGAGUUUAUAAAAGGAAUUGAGUCAAUCGGACUCAAAUUAGACGAUGCCCAAAAAGUUUUCUUGUUGAAUGAGAUGGAUCGUGAUGGAGACGGAGAAAUUGACUAUAGCGAACUCGUUCGAUCAAGAAUGGAAUUCAAAGCUAAAGCUAAUUCUGCAGAAUAUCUAUUCCCAAAGAUGCACGUACAAUCCGAUCCAUGAGAAACCUAUUCAGAAUUCUGUUUAACAUUUUAAUUAACGAUUCUGUUCCAAAUACACGGCCACCAUUCAUAAGCACAAGAGAUUAUUUCUAUGUAUACCCAGAAUCGGGCAAUACGACAACAAUAACAACUGGAAAACAAAGAACAAACAAAACGGGUUUUGAUAAUAGAAAGAUUGUAAUCUUAACUAGAAUUCCUCGGAAAAGGAUGAAACAAGAGAGAAGGUUCAAAGUAAAGGCCAGAAUGACCGUUAUUUCCAAGACAUUUUUAUUUAUGUACUCAUAAAAUGCAGCAGUGGAAACUAUUAGAGUCAACAUCAAGUGAAGUGAAAUAUUAAAUACCUCUACAAAAUAUUUCUGUGAUAAGAAAAUAAAUUUUACAGCUAAAGAGUAA